AUGAACCUCAGUAGAGCCCGGAAGUUAAUGCGAUCAUUGUAUUCUCCCAAAGCACUAUGGCGUGUCCAGGCCCGUGCCUAUCCCCGUGGGCUGAUCACGCCGCGAAUACGGUCCUCUGCGCGCUCUCUUGUCUCCGUUGCAACGGCUGAAUUGGAGCGACCUCGAUCUGAAUCCAAGCCUCUACAUCCCCUGCCGGCAGAUAGCCACCUGCAAGAACCGCUGCAUGCUGUUCCCUCCACUUCCUCGCCUCGAGGGAUUACGCCGGACUCGAAGUUCCUGCCCCUGGCGUGCCCAGGAUGCGGCGCCCUCACGCAGGACGUCGAUCCUGGCCUGAGUGGGUAUUACACACUGUCAAGGAGAGCGGUGAGGAAAUAUGUCCGGCGCCUGAAGCGGGAGGAACGUGCGGAUGAGGGGGAGGAUAGCGGCGAAGGAGCUGAUACCGAAGAAGCUGGUAGACAAGUGCCAAUCCAGACGGAAGACCAAGACAGCCGGCACCACGAACAUACAAUUGCUGACGCUGAAGAUCCAUUGACAACGCCAUUCUGUGAUAGGUGUCAUUACUUGGUCCAUGACUGUCGCGGUGUUCCAAUUGCGCAUCCCUCUAUCGAGGCGAUCGCAGACUCGAUCGCAGAAUCCCCCUUCACCAGAAACCAUGUCUAUCAUGUCGUGGACGCAGCAGAUUUCCCCAUGUCUGUCAUCCCUUCGAUCUACAAGCAUUUGUCUCUCGCGAAUCCGCGCACCCAGAAUCGCCGGUCUCAACACUCCUUCUCCUCCAGACCCUCUCUUUCAUUCCUGAUCACCAGGUCCGAUCUCAUCGCCCCCACCAAAGAGAUGGUCGACAGCAUGAUGCCCAAAUUCGUUGCGAUUUUGAGAACUGCAUUGGGUCGUAUGGGGCGGAAUCUCAGGCUCGGAAACGUGCAUUUGGUCUCGUCCAAGCGAGGAUGGUGGACAAAAGAUAUCAAAGAGACCAUCUGGAAUAGAGGUGGUGGCAAUUGGCUGGUUGGAAAGUUCAAUGUGGGCAAAUCCAACCUCUUCGAAGUGCUGUUCCCCAAAGGUGCGCACAACCAAGCUCCUUUCCAUGCAGGGCUCCAACAACAGAAGGGAAUCGACGCCGCUGGCCAUCGCUCCGACACCUUCUUAUCUGAGAAGAACUUGCUGCCCCCGCCUCAGCCGCAAGUGGCUUUCCCAACCAUGCCCUUGGUGUCUAGCCUGCCCGGCACUACUGCUUCCCCGAUCCGGAUCCCCUUCGGCAAUCACAAGGGAGAGCUCAUUGAUACGCCGGGUCUGCAACGUGGUGGGCUUGACCAGUUCGUCAAACCCGAGGACAGGGCUGAUCUCGUCAUGGUUCAUCGUCCUACGGUUGCUCAACAUGUUCUCAAACCUGGCCAGUCCUUACUCUUAGGAGGUGGCUUAGUCCGCAUAACACCGCUUCUGAACGAGCAUGACCGCAGCACCACCAUGCUGGCAUACCCCUUUGUCCCGCUUAAGGCCCACGUCACUUCGACUGCAAAAGCAGAGGGAACACAAAUCCAGCAGCGGGAGAGCGGCAUCGAGUCGAUCCUGGCAGAGGAAGCAGGAAUGUCCAUAUCGUCAGCUGGGCGGUUCGCGCUACGAACGGAUGUUACGAGGUCCAGGGCAGGGUCAAUGAUCAGGGCCGGAGUCAAACCGGACAAGUUGCCAUUCCAUGUGUAUGCAACAGACAUCCUGAUCGAAGGAGUUGGCUGGGUAGAAUUGGUCUGCCAAGUUCGAAAGAGUAAACAAACAGCCCGAGCAGAUGGUCCUCCAGGAAGUCCUGCUGAGUCAGACACCAUCGCCCCGACCGCGGAAGGCCUUUCCAUCGAGACAAGCACUUUUACUCCCUUUGGCGGAGAACAGCCGGCCUACAACCAGACAUCUCUCUCCCACUCCGAUCUUCCCGAAGUCGAGAUCUUCACACCUGGCGGCAAAUUCAUUGGGCAAAGAACGUGUCUGGACUUGUGGCAAAUGUGGAAUACAGGCAAGCCCCAGAAGACCACGCGAAGUGCACGGCCCCGUAAGCCUAUGGCUGGGGCGAAGAAACGAGACAAAAUUGCACGAAGAGCCGCCUUGAAACACUGA